AUUCUGAAGUGACCAACCAUAGCAAGUUUAAAACCAGAGGUAGAGGAAGAUUCAGCUGGUCUCACUGUAAAUCCAACACACCAUGGACACAAGGGUUUCACAGCAACUCUAAACCAAACAAGCCCUCACUCAUCAGGCAUGUCGACAGGCCCUGAACUUGGUGCCCUUGACCUGGCUGAGGGUCCCCUGAACAUGGGACCCGUUGGGCGCCAGACCCUGUUGGACCUACUGGUGGGCGUCUACCAGGAGUUUUACUGCUCACCCUUCGCAAGGGAGAAGUAUGUCUCUGAUUUCCUGCAAUGGGGUCACCUGCAGAUUUGGAGGCUUCCAAUGCCCUGUACUUCUCACCAGUGUACACUGAUCAGACCUUGCUGGCUGGACUGGGUUACAACCACCAUGUCCACAGACCACCCAAGAGACAAGCUGAUGCACAGUUCAGUUGCUGUGGCCAGGAUGAGAAGCACACAACAAGUUUAUGCUCUGAAAAUUAUGAAUAAGUGGGACUUGCUGAGGCGAGGAGAGACAGCAUGUUACCAGGAGGAGAGGGAGGUUUUGCUGAGGGGUGACAGACGCUGGAUUACAGAGUUGCACUAUGCCUUUCAGGAUGACAACUUUCUGUACCUGGUGAUGGAUUACUAUGUAGGGGGGGACCUGCUGACUCUGCUCAGUAAGUUUGGAGAUCGCAUCCCUGAGGACAUGGCUCAGUUCUACCUGGCUGAGAUGGUCAUGGCCAUUGACUCUGUCCACAGACUAGGUUUUAUACACAGAGACAUCAAACCUGACAACAUCCUGCUGACAGCUGAUGGACACAUCAGACUAGGGGACUUUGGUUCCUGUCUGAGACUCCUAGAGGAUGGGAUGGUUCACUCAUCUCUAGCAGUUGGGACCCCUGACUAUUUGUCUCCAGAGAUUUUAAGGGCAGUAAAGGGAGGUGGAGGUUAUGGUCCUGAAUGUGACUGGUGGGCUCUGGGUAUCUGUGCCUAUGAGAUGUUGCUGGGGAACACACCCUUCUAUGCAGAGUCCAUCUCUGAAACUUAUGCCAAGAUCAUCCACUUUCAGGAGUAUUUUGAGUUUCCUCCUUCUGGCCCUAAGAUUUCAGACAAGGCUUGUUUCUUCAUCACUGGGCUCAUCUGUGAGAGGGAAAUCCGUCUGGGUAGGAAAGGCUCCAGUGACUUCAAGAGCCAUCCAUUCUUCUAUGGACUAGAUUGGGGUUCCCUGCAUAAACUCCCUGCCCCUUUCCUGCCUGAAGUAUCUAAUCCAACUGACACUGCCAACUUUGACAUCCUGGACGACUGUUGCAGUGAAAUGGAGACGCUGUCUGAUGUAAUGGACAGAGCUCCAAUAGGAGUACACUUGGCUUUUGUUGGAUACUCUUACACCACUACAAGUCAGAUGGGUGCCAUUGACCGCAGUCAAGACAUCUUGAUGCAAAUUGACCACACAAGGCUCAAUGACUGUGAGAGUCUUUACACACCGGAGAAACUGAGCCAGCUGUGGCAGCUUACAGACACUGUACCAGAUAACCUGCCUACAUUGCUGGAGCUCCCGCUCACUCUGGAUCAAGGUCCUACUGGAACCACCCACACCUCAACUGAGAAUGAAACUGACCAAAUAUCAGGACUCAAUGAAGACUUGCAGAGACGGUUACAAGAAGCUGAGAGGAAAUAUUUUGAGCUGGAGAAAGAAAUGGAGGGAUUGAAGAGGGAGAUACAGGACUGGCGAACCCCCAAGGAAAAAGAGCUGAGUAUCUGCCCAGUCUCUCUUGCUCUGACGGCCCACUGUAUGGAAGCACCAUGGGAUAGGGAGAAAGUGCCCCCUGCCUGCCAUUACCCACUGAUGAUUCCUCUCCACCGCCACCUGCUACUGUUCCACAGGGUUCGCCUGCCACAGGUGACUAGUGAGUCAUACCUGCUGGUGUGUGCAGAAGGAGGGGAGGUCCAAGCUUGGGAGAGACACUGUUAUAGUGAGCUCUCCUGAAUGCGCCUUAAGGUGGCACAUGCUGAUUUCUCCCACUAUAACAGGACCAAAGACAGAGCAAUAGCUCUAUGAUCACUCCCUGCCCCACUCCUCAGCUUUCAAAACUUCACAAGAUGAAGAAGAAUCAGGACUAAAACGCCUCCAAACAGAGCUUCUCGGAAUGUCAUUAGUGAUGUUCCAAAUUAAGUUUCCCAACUGAUAUAUUGAGAAAGGUAGGUCAGACUGCUGGGAGCUAAUGAUGAAAGAAUGAUAAGGACAUUUUCUCACCUACCUUGCCUUCUUACCAGACAACACGUACCAGACUGAUAUUCAUGAUAAAGAUGCACUGAGCAAGGGUUAGAGAGCAUGCACUUUAAUGUGUGACAAUGAUUGAUGUUUGAGUGACAGAGAGGGAUGAAAAAAAUUCCUCCAUGCACAUCUUCAGGCAUUGACCAUGUUGGGGCAUUUAGCUGUUACACAAGAGAAAUCUUAUUUACUGUAUCAUAUCUGCACCUGUGAGUUGUUUGUCCUUAUGAUGCACUACUAUAGACAUGGUUUGUUGCUGUGCCUGUUGUAGUAUUCAAAAGGUUACUAAUGAUGACUAAUGUCUGUCUUAACCACAACACAUACCACUACAGGCUAUUGCGUUGUUAACAAGUACCCCUGACUGCAGUGUGCAGAUUGCAGAGCUCAACGUGGGCGGAGUCAAACGUUUGACGCUGCCACAUGAUAGACCUGCAUGCGCAGAAGAAAAAUAAUUGCCCCAAAUGAUGUGAAAUUGCAUAUUCACCCUUCCUCAAAGUGGCCAGAGUCAAACGUUUAAUAGUUGGGAAGUUAGGGUGGAAGAUGUGCAGUGUAGACACCCUAUAUGAAAUGUAUGACUACCUACAAAAACCUUUUCUAUAUUUAUUAAAUAAUUAAACUGAUUUUUCUCUACUUUCCACAAACCAUCCUGAACUUAUGUGCUAUUUUUUUGUACUAUUUAGUACAAAAAAUGUUUGCAAAUAUCUCUGGCAUACCUGUAGAGGGAACUGGACAGUAAAAGUGAGGGACAGAAAAACAGCCGGAAGGAUGUGGAUUCAUUAAAUGACAAUCCACCAGUGCUUGAAGUGGGCACCUCGACAUUUUACUCAGCCCAGCCUGUUCUCAUCGCAGGCAUCAUAUACACACGCUUAACAAGUGUAGUUAUUUCAAGGAAAACGUCAAUUCUGUGUGUACAGGAGACUCUACCUGGAGACUCUGUAUAUGACACCCUGGGGUGACUGGAAUUCUAGCCGCGCUAGCCGACAAACUCAACAAAGGACUAAGAUAGCUGAACAAGACAGAUUAACACAAUUAUAAUAACCAAACAGAUAUCAAAUCAGGCAGAGCUCACAAUAAAUACUAACAGACUGGACACAGGACAACAGACAGGACUGAACCCCAAAACACUAUAAAGCAGAUACUGAACUGAUCAAAUAACCAAAACUCAAGAGAGCUAAACUAAACAUAGCUGACAGGCAGAAUGUGACAAUGAGAAACUCUGAAAUACCUGCUUUUUGUUGUGGAAAACUCAGGCAGGUUCUGUGGGCUUUAGGUGGGAAAGGAGCAGAGAGAGGGAGAGGGGGCUACAGAGAGGAGUCAUAACUGUCAUCAUUGAGAUUUGAAAAUAAGGGAAAUUUAAAUACAUAAAAGUACAAUGUUAUUCUAUGUUGUAUGUACAAUUCCACAUUAUACUGUUAGUAUAUUGUUAAUAUUACUUAUAGUUACCACUAGUAUAGGCCUAAUAUUAUUUCAUUGGGUUGUUUUCAUUUAUUAAAUCCUUGUGCACAGUCUACAUCUUUUACAUGUAGUAACACUUACAGUCAGCAGAUCAUUUUGAUUUUAUAAAGGUUAAAAAUACGGGAGAUUUACGAGGAAACAUUUAAACGGGAGGAUACCGGGUGCAAACGGGAAAAUACAGGAGAAUCUAGGGGAAAAUGGGAGGGUUGACAUGAGAGGAGUAGAGAGAGGAGUGGUCUGUGUUAAGCUACAUCCACACUACUACAGGUUUUUAAAACAGUUUGAUAACGAAAGCCAUCUUCUCUGUCCACAGCAGCGUUUUAGCUGCGUAUCAGUCGAUCUCCAUCCGCAAAUGUACACUGGGCACGCGUGUGCCAGUGUAAACAUAAAACAAAUAGUCUACUCCACAGUUGCAGAAGAUUUGGCAAAAUAUUUCAGUAAUAGAUGAACAACCACACCAGGUUGUUUUUGUUUGGUUUUUUGCAUUGACACACAACGAAGUGGAACUGUUACUGAAAGCAACAUGGAAGUACAGAGACUGUGGUGGCAGAAAACAGACUAGGCAAAGUAAAUACGGCAACAUGCACAGCACAAGUGUUACUUACAGAGUGGAAAAUAUUUUAAUAAAAAAACUGUUUUGGCUUUGCAUGACUGAUAAGACCGAAUCAGGAAGCCAAAUAUGAGUGUCUAUGUAAUCAUUUUAUAAAGCCCUACCAGGUCUCCGUUUUAAAGCGAAAACGGAGAGAGAGGGGCAGUCAGCUGAUUGAGCUGCUAAACGGCUACUCUCUUUGCAUCAGGAAACCCACACUGAAGGAUCUGUCUCUCUGUCUGAUGUGCUGUGGGUCAAGACAAUUAAACUCUGAUGGCGUGUGUGUGAGAUGACCACGUGUCACAUGAUCGCUCCUG